AUGGCCAAGAGUCUGAAAGCAGAGGCGACCUGUCCUGUUUGUCUGGAUUUUUUCUCCAAACCUUUUUCUCUCUCCUGUGCACACACCUUUUGUUGCGAUUGCAUUCAAACUUGGAUUCGCGAAAGGGAGGAGCCAAUAUUGAUCUGCCCUAUGUGUAGAAGAAUGCAUGAGAGAUCUCUUUUGGAAGAAUGGCAAAUGAUAGCAUUGAUAUUUCUCAUCAAGCAGCAUGGUCCCCUACUGGAGCAAAGACUGCACUUGAGUGAUAGACUCCUGAGGUGCCGAGAGGAUAUGACCCUGGAUGCAGCUACCGCCAGCUCCUUGCUUGUGCUCUCCAGUGACCUUAGGAGUGUUCAGUGUGGGAAGAUCUGCAACAACCCAGUGGAAGAUCCCAAUAGAUUCACCUACAUGACCUGUGUUCUCGGCACUCCCUGCUUCUCCACUGGCCGCCAUUACUGGGAGGUAGAAGUGGAAGAGGGGAAAGAAUGGACUCUGGGUGUCUGCAAGGAGUCUGUGGACAGAAAAGUGAAGGGCAGUUUAUCCACUGAACAUGGCUUCUGGAUCAUUAGCAUGAAGGCAGGAGCAAUCUACAGCAACUCCUUCCCACAGAUCAGAAUUUCUGCAAGCCCUAGCCUUCACCAUGUGGGAAUUUUCCUGGAUAUUGAGAUGGAAGAAGUAAAAUUUUUUGAUGUUAGAAAUGAUGCCCUCAUCUAUACACAUGAAGAACUCUCCCGUUCAGAGCCUUUGCGUCCAUUCUUCUGUCCUGAGCAGCCUGGAGAAGGUGACAGUGGAGCGCCUCUGAGAAUCUGUGCAUGAGAAACUGAGUUCUUCCUAGAAGCUUUCAGAAAGGAGAAUGAGAUUUG